AUGGCAUCAGCAUUCUUGCUCUCCGGACCACUCUGGUUCUUUACGCCCAUCCAGAUCGUCACAACCGUAAUCGCAGGCAUGAAUUGUGGCGCCUCCUCGCUACAGUCACCACUAACCUGGCCUCUACUCCAAGAUGUCGAUGUCCCAGUACACUACGUAGGUCGACAAACCGAGCACCUUCUCCACGGCAGUGAGAUCAUCUUCCCGCCGUUCAACGGCGUCUGCACAAUCGCCAAUCUGGUCCUGACCGGAAUCGCGUACUACAAGCGCAACGACGAUCUCUUAACCUCUGCAGUUGCGGAUGCGAAGCUUCCAUGGACUGCGAUUGCAUUUGGAAUGCACGUCGCCACUACCGUCUUCACUCUCACGAUCAUGGCGCCGUAUAAUCAGAAAUUGAAGGUGGCAUCUAAGCAGUUGAAUGAGGGUAUUGCCAAUAAGGAGGGCAAAGAGUCAACGAGUCAGCAGCAGGCGGAGAAGGAUUUCAGGGAAGCCCAGAAGGUGUGGAAAGUGAGAAAUUAUGGUCGUGGAGCUAUCAUGCUGGCUGCGGCGAUUGCGAAUGCUAUCGCGUUGAAGAUCUAG